AUGGGGAACACAGGUCCCGUCACCUGUGACCCCCAACUCCGAAGUACCGUCAUAUAUGGAGGCGUGGAUCAGGCAGUGACUUUCAGAAUAUCAGGAGCUGCACCCCUGAAAGAUAUCCUGUGGAAACAAGGGAAGAAUAAAGUCAUCGAAUGGGACGAGGCCUCUCUCCUGGAGCCCAGAGCUUUCCCGCCUUUUCUAGACAGGGCUGCUUUAAACACUACGUCCGGUGACCUGACCAUCUACAAUUUGACAUCGUCAGACGAAGGUGACUAUGAAGUCGAGUACAACAGCAUUAAGGGAGACACCAAGUUCGAGCUUCUAGUGCUUGAGCUGCUCCCCCUCACUUCUGAGCCUCACACAGCCUUCAUCGCCCCUGCUGCGCCCAGUUCCCCGUCACCCCUCUCUCAUGGUCCUGACCGGUUCUCCAUCCACGUGCCCCUUGACAUCUCAGCAGCCUUUGCCACAGCCAAGGG